AUGUUGGCAGUACGAGGGCGUGCCGGUUCUUUUCGCAACCAAGGGGGUAUGACAUUUCAAGGAAAUGAGUAUCAUGUUACUCAGCAGUUACAACUUCUUCCCCCCGUGCUUCAACGUUAUGUGGGGCGUCUGCACGAGUGUUUGGUUGACUGCCGGCUAACACCACAGGUGUUCCAUGAAAUACUGAACGACGAGGAGUUUUUUCGUGAUGUAAGGGGCUCUUACAACAAGAGGUUUGGGGAUAUUAUUAAGACAGUUGCUGGGGAGUGGUGGAGUACAUGCAUGAAGGACAUUUUGCAGAGAGUUAGUAGUGCAGCUGAUGGAGUGGACAAUGCCCCCGCUGCUUCGUGUAGCGCUGUUCGUGCAGCGAAUGAAGAGACAACGGAGGGGACAUCAAGUUUGGAUCAAGUCCUGCCCGGGAAGUGUGACGAUGAGGCUUCAAGCAUUGAAGUUUGUAGAGACCUACGGGCUGUGUUGUUACUCGCGGUCGUGGUGUGUUCACCAUACUGUGUGAUCCGGGGACCAGACACUCCUGUCAUUACAUGUACCGCUCGUGUUAUGCUUUGCCGUGACCCAUCUAUAAUUUACCUGGGUCUCCUCAUAAACCUCGCGCAGUCAAACCAGGCCGAGAGGUCGCUUGAUAGUGCCAUGGUACUCCGCACACUUGCCCAUGGGUGGGGUUCGUCCCCCACAUUUGAAGAUGUUGUAAAGUGCUGUCUCCGUGCCCGUCGUCGCAGACAACGCCGCUUAGCUGCUCCGAACGAGGAGGAACAAGUAAAUGCAAUUUCUACUGAAGAGGAUGAUGCCGAGGAAGCGGCUGACAUAGCACUCUUGCAGCUGCCUGGUUUGGUUAGGGACCCACUUCAGAUUGUCCCCGACCGCAGUGCUGCCCAGUCUUCCGGUGGUGGAGGGAAGUGCAUGUCCGACUCGCUGCACAUUGGGCGGUGUGUUUUACAGAGCAUGGCGAGCGCUGCAGGCAAUCCGGAGCGUCUGCUUUGGUGGUGCCGUUGUCGGUUGCUCUGUAUGCAGUUGUUAUCGCCAGCUGACUGUGAGGAACUGUUGGCUGGACCAUCAUGCGAUUUCUUUCGUAGCUUGUGGAAGGUAGAGCGCAUGUUUGGUGACAUUUUAGACCUUGCGGAACAUGAUGACGAUGGGGAGGAGAGUGAUGCGUGCUACGGUGGUAUUAGCAGUACUAGUGGCGUGGGCAGCGCCCCGACGGUGGCUGCUCUUGUUGGGAUAGUAGCUGACAUUGUGCGUGGGUGGCAUAGGGCAGAAAAUAGUGGUGGUGCAAUGGGGAGUAUUGUUUUAAACUACACGUCGCGUAACCCAUUCGAAACAGUGAACCGAGUCGUGCCCGGGCACCGCAAGUUUCAGCAGCGGAGCCACCGUUGCCUUGCGCGCGACUGGCAGUACGGACUCUUAGUGCAGUAUCACAGUACACACUUGGCGGUUUUUCCGCACCCCAACUCGUCAUAUGCCACGAUGUUGCCUGUGAUGGUCGCUCAGCUGACCGACGUGUUGCGGCAUUACCCGCACUACAGCCCUAUUCAGCUCAUGUACUCCCUGGCGCUCACGCGGGAGAACACAAACACGUCAGUUGCACUGAACUCGGGUCUUGUGCCUGCUAUAGUAACAGUGAUGAGAACGUACAUGGAUGAGAAACAAGAAUAUGGGGAAAACGCUAGUGCAGACAAUGGGACAGAAGGAAUUCGAUACGGCUGGUCGUAUAAGGCGGCAGGUGUGCUUCACUGGUGUUUCACUGUGCUAGAGCAACUGGCGACACUUUCUACACAUGAAUCCGUGAACCCUAUAGUGUUUUUGCUGUCUCCUGCAGAGGAAGACGGCUAUGAGUUGUGUCAUCAUAUUUGUAAAAAGAUUUUCUACCCCGGCGGACAUCCCGUGCUAUUGGUCGCCGCAUUCCGCUUCUUUUCUGCGUGCAUUCAUCACAACGUACGGGAUGUUGUUCCUGCACUGCAACAGCGUGGCGUGUUAGACACACUACUGAAGAUUGGGGAGAGUACGGAUAUUCUCGAGAGGUACAAUUGCCCUAGAGGUGAGGCGAAUUCAGAGGAAGGAGUAGCGGUUCAGCAAGCGGGAGAGGGCCAACCACCGCUUGCUACGAGUGUGAAAGGAAAUAAGGUAGCACCGAUUACACUUGCCGAGUACUCUGCUUACUAUGAGCAAGCAGUGCCAAUAGUGUGCAUAUGCAGUAUGCUACAAGCCUUCGCUGUGCACAAUAGCACGCACGCGAGCCUAGUCAAUCGGAUGAUCAUGCGGCGUUUCGUAUGGAGUCUUACUGUCCCGUAUUUUCCGGAAGUGUCAUCUCCGCUGUCGGUUCCGUCGUCUCCUUCUACUCUCGCUGUGCUUUGUGUGGAGAGGGUGGAGCCCCAGCGUGUAUUCACAAGACUAGCUGCUGCCGCUGGUGUGGACCUGCUCGUGCUCAUACGCACCCUUCCGCCGCUGCAGGACUACUUUUUCGAGUCCGUGGAAGAGACCCUGAAGUCUCUUAUUGAGGAGGCUAAACAGAAGGGACCACCACUAAGGGAUGUUGGCCUGUCUAUGUGGAACAUACUUGCAUGUUUCAGUGACCUCGAGUACAAGCAACUCGCGCAACGUGGUUCAGGUCGCCGCGGGCGCAGCCAACGUGCAGAUCAAGCCAGUGAAGCAGCUGAUGCCUUGCUUGACAAGUUUAAGAAUUGCGGUAAGGUGGUAGCAGGUUCUUUAGGCACUCUUCUGAAGCUUUCGUCGACAGUCCCCUUUGCUAGUCCCGUAUCCUUGCUCAGCAAUGGCAAUGUGUUGACUUCUAAUCUCUUCGACGUUCAGUGCAUGAUGUUCGAAUCGCUUACACGUGAGGUAAUCCAGUUUGCAUCUGAUAUUGUAAAGGACGCUCUGCAAGGGGGGAACAAUGGUGUUUUGACGGAGGAGCAGGCAGGAGCACUGUGGUCCUUGUUUUUCCUGUUCUUUCGAAAGACUUCUCACGGCUCGUCGUCUGCAAAUGGCACAAACCACUUUCGUCGCGAUCUGGCCAACGUUAUUUUUGACGCGUUCAUUGCACUUGAGAUGGCGACCGGCACACAGAGGACACAAGAAGAGUCUGCAGGGUCUGCGGUCCCUGCGCUUACCCCGGUAGCUGCUUCCCCAACGGUUGGAGACCAGGUUAUUGGUUUGAUGGACGCCCAUUCAAUGUGGAGCUCGGAUUUCGAGUUGUCCGCACUAGCGAACAACUUGCUGAGUAGCGCUUUGUCCAUGGCUUUACCUCCGUCAGAUCGGUCGCCUGCCAACACCCCCCUAAACUUUUUUGCUGCUGUUGUUGAUGGAGCCAACGCCGGUAACGAUGCCUUCGGUGUCAGGCACGUUGAUACGACGUCUGCUGAUGCAGAAAGGGGGAAUACGGAAACAGGCCCGAAUGCCGUUAGUGGUUCGUCCAGUGCUGUGGAGCGAUUCCGCAAUGAUGUGUCCAGGCUUCUCACUUCGUCGCAGACACGGCACCGGCACUCUCUACCAACUUUCCAUACACAUUAUCACGGGAGUGGGGUGCCGCUAAAUCCUCAUACAUCUGGCUCGGGUCACAUUAUGUUAGUCGCCCCAUCGUACAUCCUUGGUGGAGUGCGGGAGCUGCUUCAGAAAGUGGCAAAAUCUGUGACGGCUGCUGCAAGGGUGCGCAAAGAGGAGGAGGACAUAAAGGAGGAGGGCGAUACCAGUGAAGCCGGGUGUCCACCUCAGAAAAUGCAGUGGGAACAAAUGCAUCACUUUGCGGCACUUGAGGCUGUGGAUCUUGCGCCCUUGCGGGAGGCGGAAAUGCGUUUGCAAGCCGCGGAGGCGGCGCUUUCCGUUGGUUGGAAGUACAUUAGUGGGAACAGUGGUUUGGUAGCGUUUCUUCAUAAUAUUAUAGGAAACCUCUGGCGAAUUACGGAGUGUCUUUUGCCAGUGCAGAAUAGCCAGUUGUUAACGGGACCGUUGUCGUCGACAUCUUCUGCGUUGGUGAAUAAUCCUUGUAACUUCUGUGGUGUCGGCGGCGUGGCUGAAAGGGGGAGUGCGGUUGCCACGAGCGACACGACUGCGAACUCGGGUGCCACCGCAGGACCACCAUUAGAUGCAGAAAAACUGAAGACAGUUGUUGGAUACUUGACUGGCAUCCUCGAGGCACUGCUGAAGCUACCUCCCGACCGUGGUCUCCAGCGAUUUCCGUGGCAACCGAGGUUGCUUUACUUUGCACUCAUUACCUGGCGGUCGCGUGGGCUCGAGCUGAGUCCGGCGAUGAUACUUGGAGCGCUUGCGCAUCUGGUGGAUCUGGGUAGUGAAGUUUUUAAGCGGGGUGCCACUGUGAUAUCUCCUUCGAUCAGCGCUUGUGAAAGUGAAGUGGAUGUGGAAGCGGUGGGGGAUGACCGAUCGCCGCUCACUCUAGGCUCCCCACCGCGUCCCGAUUCCCAUCAUCCCAAUCGCAGUGAGGAGGACAGCAUGGUGAGGAUUCGUGUGGCUGGCGACUUCGCCGAUCUGUUUGGUGAGGUGCUGCCAUCUGUGUCACUGCGAUCGGAGCGGCUAGUGCAACUUUCCCUUCGAAAUAGGACGUCGAGGUCAGACACCCCUGUCGCUCCAAGAACCCCUGAAGUCUCGGCAACGGGGUUCCCUCGCGACACGGAGGAGUGGAGGGGGUUUGGACCUGUCUCGUUGGCGGAGUACGCCCCCUGCUGGGUUCUUGAGGUUGCAGCCACCAUGCACGCUAAUGACAAAUCUGUAGGGAAAAUGUGGGUGCUCAUACGUCGGCUCUGCAGCAAGUUGUGCUGGAUUUACCACACGUACAGUUCGCCAGUUUCCGCUAACUCGGGUGCAGGUGAUGAUGACCAGCCAAAAAAGGGUAUUUUACUGAUAGAAAGAAUAAUUCGCCUUGUUCUUGAGGACCCUGUUCGCAACUAUACUCUUUUGGAAUUUCUAGCCGUCGUUUUGUCGCAGGAUGAGACCACAGCUCAACGCGAGGCACUUGUCACACGAACUCAGCUUCCGUACGCCAUAUUGGAUUGCAUUGUGAAAGAAGUCAGGCGGAUUGAAAAUGAGCAGAACGAGGAUGCUUCCAAGAGAAAGGAAAAGUGGUCUCUUCGAAACUCUAUGCUAGGCCAACUCUUCUGUUUCCUGUCGUCGUGUUCAGUAGGCGCGCUGACGGAGAAGGGAACCGGGGCCUGUCCGCAUUACCGCGGUAAUUCCACCAGCUUCUGUUGGAUGGGGCACCUUUGUCCUCAUCCCCACGUUGGCGAUAAGUCCGGCUCGCACAUGAGACGAGGAUCUGCGAGGUCGUCAAAGGUGACGCGACAAAUAGCAAAGGUGCUUGAAGAGUUUGGUUACAAAGGGGAUGUUUCUCCUCAAGCCCCACCUAGUGAACUAGAAACGGUGACGUCGGACGCCGUAACCGGUGCGACAUCACGGCGCGCCACUGGUCGCAACAUGCGGGGCACUGAGGCACCAGGGCAAAACCCUGCUGAAAAUGCAAGAAACGAUGGGGAUGAGACUGCCACUCACCAGGACGAUGCAGUAUCUGGAGUUUCUUCUGUCACGAAAAAGUGUGUUGAUGUGAAGCUCAAACUGUCAUCCGUCGUUGGAGGCACGUCGUCACUUCCAAAGUCUAUGCUGUCUGAGUGCGCAGUGCUUGUUCUAGAUUAUCUUGCCGAUGAUGAUGAAACAAACGAAGCUGAGAAGUGGGAGUCACUGAAUACGGAGGAUACGAGAAGCGACACCCUCUGUACCCCACGUCACGUUGCUCGCCGUGCCGCCAAAGUGAGCGGUGAAACGAACGUAUUGGAAACACCCAUAAUAUGCAUUGCUGUGGCGUUGUUGGCCCAGUUGUUGGACGCGGGUGAUACCACACUACUGUCUCACAUAUACAAACUUAACGAAACAUCGAAGAAGGGCUUUGUUAUGCGGGCUGUUUCCCGGUUGCUGAGGGAGGAUAUGAUACCCACCUCGGUUUGUGUGCAUGUGCUUAAAGCCCUCGUUGACCAGUCGGACCACACCGAGUGGGUGGUGUACUCAGCCAUGGUCAGCGCGGUUCAAAAUUGUAUUCGCGCUGGUGUCACGGUGUUGUUAAAGGAGACAGAUGUCCGCGACAUGUACGCGAGUAGCGUGCUUGGUGCCGGGCGAAAGGCCAUCGCUCCCCGUGUUGGCGGAGAUGUGUACCGCCACUCGGUGCCUAUGGAUGAAUUUGUUACGUGCCUUCGCACUGUUGUUGAUAAGCAUCCAAAGGCUUUUUGUACCGUGUUUAAUAGCGCUUGCAUUGUGCACAUUGUUUCUGCGGAGGGGAACCCCAAGGGAGACACCAGGAGUGCCGUAUUACUAGCUCCGCGUAAGCCCCCACGCAUCCAUGCAAUGGGAAGUGCCCCGUCGCCUCAACGCACCACUGUGGAGUAUGUGUUGGACACACUUCUGCGCCGUCUUGCACAAAAGCAGCUGCCACCAAGUUUUGUUGCAGCAGUGCUGAACAACAUCACCACUCUCCCUGCGGUGGCAUCUAUUGUAACGACUUAUUGCGUAAACGUUCCAGUUCCGGAGAGCAUGCGGGGUGCCUUUCUGGACCAGAAGGCUGAGGAGGAUGAACCCACGCUAAACCAGAAACAGGAGUUUGGUGACAGCUUUUUAUUGCAUGAGGCGACGCCUCGGCCACUUACCCCGUUCCUUGCCGUGCUCCUAUUUAUGGACGAGCGGCAAUUGGAGUGCCUCGAGCCGUUUCUUUCUAAUGUUGCGCAGAAGGCACCAUCGCGUAUGGCGCAUAUUCUCCUCCAGGCACUUGAUGUAACACUUACGGCGCUUUCUUCGGAGAACAGCGGGGGUAACUGUCUUGUUACCCGAAAUGAAGAAAUGGAACUUGUGCACCGUGCGUCAAGUAGGCCUUCGCCGCGUACCAUGGCCUGUAGCUUGCUGCAUGCGCUUCGGCUGCUGCUCGUGGUGACCUCCAGUUCGCUAGUUUGGCGCCUGUGCGAAGAGCUGUGGCAGCGUGGCGCACUUGACUUAUUGUAUCGGAUGGUUGAGCAGAAGUGUUAUUCAACAGAGAAAGAUGCGGCCACACUGAUCCUCGUCAUCCGGCGCCUGCUUCUGGCCCACAGCAAGUGCGCCGGACGGAGCAACGGGAAGGUUUCACCGGCUGCCGGCCAUGGUGUUACAGCUGGCAGCAGCGUGAGCAGGGGGACAAUGACUGGCUUGCAGGGCGCAGAACUGUCGGAUGCCCAUCUGGGACUAAUGCGGCACCGACAGAGACGGCAGCAGCAGCAGAGCGGUGCAGAGGAGGAUGAAGAGGAUUCACAGACCCCUCCACCAGAUACUGGAAGGGAGGAGGGACGGACCCUGGGCGAGGCGGGCAUGAGCCCCCUACCAACCGGUAUGCAGCAACCCCAUCGGCAGCAGUUUUUGCAGUCAGGCAGUGUUGAUGACUCUUUUUACCUCAACGCACUUGUUAAUGGAAAUGACUCACGACGGGAGGCAAGUGAUUCAAACAACAGACGUCGGCGGUCGCUUGAGGAGGGGACCUUCAGCGGGUUUUUAUUGGGUCUUGGCGAACUGCUGCGACCUACCCAGGAUAUUGUAUCAUUUGAAAGUCGCAAUAUUUCUGACAGCACUCACGAUGAGGAUGAAAGUGAUGUGACGGGGGAUGGGGAUAUCGGCGGAGUUUCACCCGGGCAGCAAGCGAUCCAUCUGGUAGUGGGGAGAAUUGGAGGUGGGUUUACUCCGAGAGGUUCCGGUGAUGGCGAUGACAAUAGCGGCCACAAUGAGGGGGGUGAAGGGAACAUCGCGCGGGGGGCGCGUAGCGAGAGUGGGUUUGAUAUGAGUGGUGUCGAUGACGAUGACAUGGGUGGUAAUGAUGAUGGCGGGCCUCACAGUGAUGGUGGCGAUGACGACGAUGUGGAGGGUGCGGAUUUCGAUCUCAAUGACACAGAUGACGACGACGAUGAUGAUGAUGAUGAUGACGACGACGACGACGAUGAUGAUGACGAUGAUGAUGACGAUGAUGAUGACGAUGAAGAGCUUCUUAACUUCGACAGCGAGUAUUAUGAUGAUGAGAUGGAGCGGGGCUCCGUUUCGUUUUCUCUUCACAACCGCUAUCCACCAGGUGGCCUUCUGGGGGGUACUGGGCCACAAAUCCCCUUCGACUCCUUCACAGUGGGUAACGAACCACGUAUGGAUGGGCGACCAGCCUCAAUAGAGGCAUGGGAUUUUAGCUCGGUCCGCAGGGACCAAAGGAUACGCCUUGAGGAUCUUCACCCGCAUGGCGAAGGGUGGUCGCUCCCCAGUGCUGUUCCUGAUCCUGCUGACUUUUGGAGCGUCUUUGCUCAUGGUCGUUUGGAAGGUGCAGACCAUAUGUUUCACACUCUUUAUGGAAGUAGUCGUCAUAGCAGUACGUCCCGGCUUGUGAACAUAUGUUCAAUUGUGAACAUGGAGGUGAGAGAACAAUGGGAGAGUGCUCAAGCUCUUCACCCGGUGAGGCAAGUUUUGCGUGAAACAAGUGAGGCUCCUCCGGACCCUGAGGUGACACCACCGGCACCAGAGGCGGCGGGUGAACCCAGAAACGGUGAUGAAACCGCUGCGUGGAAUGCUGGAGGUGACGAUAUUACUUUAAUUGGAGGCAAUGGUGAUACCCAACCGCUGUUAUAUGAACCUGGUCAUGGUGAAGGCCAGCUACAGCAACAGGUGAACGACCGCACGGGCACUGACAUUGCUACGAUGGCAGAGGCAAAUGUGGCACACGUACCGGGGGAAACCGCGACUCAAGGAUUCUCCAACAGCGAAUCGAGUGGUGCUACUCGUAUACUUGCUUCCCCCGGUUCUGCCACCGAUGAUGUGGGGGCGGGUCUCGCUUUGCUGGACUUUGGCGGUCAAAGCGUUGCCCCUCAGGCAGACCCUGCCGAAACUCAUAUUGCCUCGGAUGCUGGCGUUACCAGUUCUGUGGUUGCGAGCGCGGGGUCGGCGUUAACUGCCCCACCAACCGCUAUCGCAGAACCACCGAUGGAGGAACAACCGUGGUUUAAUGUGAUUCGGCCGCACUUCUUGUUGGAGCUUCCAGAGACGCUACGUCGGGAGUUGUUAUUCGACCACAUGAAUGUGCUGCUCGGUAGUGAAACACGGGAAUUGGAGGGACAUCAGACACGGAUCUUUGCCGCGUUCUUCACACAAUUACCGGCUGAUGUGCAACGGGAGGCGGCUGAGGUGGAGCAGCGGUGGCGGCAAGUUACCGGUGACGUGCCUAGCAGUGCUGGGAAUGAAACCCCAAGCCGGAGUGUGCUGUUAGAUUUACUGGCCACUGUCGAUACGGAGUUGCGCCAGGAGAUAUUGGCAACAUGUGACCUCGGAGAUCUUGAGGAAUACCCUGAGCUCCUCCGAGAGGCCAACAGGGCCCGCCAAUCUCGAGCUGUGGAGGCUGUGAGUGAAGGGGACGCCUCGGUACCACGUCAGCUACGGCGACGCGAGGGAGCGUUAACAGUGAUUCGAGGGCGGCGCCCUGCGGAUGCAGAAGGGGCUAAUGCCGCUGUCUCAGUAUUUGGGACUGAUGCUCUGUCCACACUCACAUUACCCCGCAUACCCCCCGUUUUGCGUCGCAUUCGGGGACUGGGUCCAGUGGCGUACCAUCAACACCGUGACAAUUCACUUUCCUGGUUCACCAGUAACAUGAGUGGAAACCAUCACCCCAGGAAUUUGGGCCGCAGGCAAAACAGCCGUAUUCGUGACGAGAGCAGUGAUGAUGAUAACGUCAACAGGCGAGGGUACUCGUCACGAGGUUUCGCCUUCAUUACGGAGGCGCAUCUUGUGUCGUGUAUCCGUGCACAACAAAGCCGUGUUGUGCGUGACGAGAGAGUGACCCCGCCACCGAACCGACAGAAUGGUGCAGCGGGUGUGGAGAAUGCCGUCCCCGCGAUACCCAGUGCAAUUCUGAAACAGCUUGUAGAACUCAUAUGGCUCAGCAAAGCUUCCUAUUCGCCACUCGACCGUCCAACUUCAUCGUCAACCGACCUCUAUGUUGGCUCCCAAUUGGUGCAACUGCUAGUGACUGCUUGUAGAAAACCGGAGACAGCGGCGGAGGCGAUGCUUUUUCUUGUGGACACAGUUCUAGAAAGAAUACCUUCAACGUCGUAUUCGCUAUCGCAUGAAUCCGUUGGUUCGGAAUCAUCCCAAACUGGCCCUCAUGGUGUCACCGACUCGGGCCGCAACGCACUGCCUACAGCUUCGCUAGUUACUUCCACCAGUGGGGUUGGUCGUGCUGUUGGUGCUUCUGUGGAUGUAAUCCGUGACUGUGGUCGUGUCGCACUGCGGACAUUGCUUGUGAUUGGUCAGUUGAUUGAGCGCUGCCGUGCUGCUGGUCUGAGCGUUACAACCCUCCCCGAUUCUGUGUACAUGAAGGUUACUCAAAGUUCGGCUGAGUCACCAAUUACUGCGCAAGAAGAGACCACUGGUUCUCGCUUAUUUAAGAAGCUUGUUGAGCUCGUGCUCCGUGUUCCUCUGCCCCGUGUGGAGGCUGCAUUCACACGUGUAUUGUGUCGGCUUAACCAGCAGCUCCAACGAUUGGAAGAGAUCGCACCCGUGUCGCGACGUGCUCCGCGUGAUGUGGACCUCGAGUCUCAGGGUGACAACGUAAUUUUCCAUUUACGUCACCCACAUCCUCUGCGGUGGCAGAAUUUGCACCGCUACCCCUAUGUUGAUAGUGGCUACAUUUGCAACAGGUGCAACACAACAUUCCACACCGAAACUGUUGCUUUCCACUGCGAGAUGUGCCGAUUUGAUAUUUGCCCAGCCUGCAGUUUCGUGUCGUUGACGGUAGAAGAAGAGAGGGUACGAGGGCGGCAUUGGGGCUAUUCUCUUGUGUCGUCGAAGGGGACAAUGGAGGCCGCGUUGCAGCUGCUGCGUCACCCGAACUGUACAGAUGAUAUGGCGCAGGAGGUGAUGGAGUUCUUUCGCCGUGGUAUCAAGGAAAGUGCACACCGUGACAAGGGCGUCGCUGCAGCCAACACUAGCGCCGCCAUCGCGAUGGUUGAGCGCGUCAUCAUUGACCUUGCAAAUAGUAUUACGGUGGAAAUACAUGAGUGCGUUAACGCAUUACGGGCUGCUUUUCCACACAAGGUAUUCCAGUCGUUUUUCUUAAGUGCUACUUCUAAUGAGGAUGGGAACAGUGGUGGAACGGAGAGUCAACAAUGGACAGCUCAGGAGGCAAGUGUCGCGUUGUCCUACAUGUGUCUAAACUCAACCUCGAAUAAGUUACUCGCUUUAUUCCACCCAUACGCCGAGUCCCACCGUCCAGAGCCACGUGAAGUAUCAUUGAUGUGGCAUGCCGUGCAAAUGUACUUGGCGGAAGUAGCCUUCAUCCUUCAACACAUACAAAACCGUUCCUCUGUUCUGCUGCCCCAGGCUGUGCUUCUUCUGCUCAGCACCUUCUGUCAGUUUCACAUGGCGGAGCCCCGUAGGGAUUCGUCUGCGAGUACCGCCUCAGAGAGUGUGAGUAGUUUGAGUUUGGAGAAAACCGACACAGAACGCUUCAUGUUGGAUUCAACACAUGCCUCGUCGACAGUUUCGGAUGCCGCGGACGCUGCAGCAAAGUUGGCCAAUAGCGAGCAGCGGCAACACCGGGAUCCUCCCCCUCACGAAGGCCCAGAUGUUGGAAGUACCGACAGCGACGGUUCGGGUGAUGAGCGCCCAAUGAUGCCUCGCGUCGUAAGGCAGUUUGUAGAGCGCAACAAGUUAACUAUCAAUGCGCUCAUCCAAUAUGACCCAAAGGUUCUUGAAGGAGGCUUCAAGUUUCUUAGGUCGGAGCCUGGGUUUGUUGACUUCAAUAUACGUUUGAAUGACUUUCAUCGCCAGAUCAGCUACGCUUCACAGGGCCCUCGAAUUAGUCUGAGCAUCAACCGUGGCCAGUGCCUCCGUGAUAGUUUCGCGCAACUUUCCAAAUUGAAUAAUUUCCAUGGAUCAAUCAGUGUUCGCUUCAGUGGAGAGGAGGGGGCUGACGCGGGUGGUCUCACGCGGGAGUGGUUCCAAUUGAUCGCGGAGGAGAUGGUAAAUGAUAACUACGCCCUCUUUAUUCAUUCACGCGAGGGGAUGACUUACCAGCCGAAUCCCCUCUCCGGUGUGAAUCCUCUUCACCUGCAGUACUUCCGUUUCGCUGGAAUUGUCGUUGGUAUGGCUGUGGCGCACCGCGUGGCCAUUGAUGUCCAUUUUACACGGGCUGUAUACCGCCACAUGAUUGGCAUACAACCCACAUUCGGUGACCUCAAGAGCGUGGAUCCCGAGCUGUACGAAAAUCUCAAGUGGCUGUUGGUGAAUGAUGUCAGUGAUCUUGGUCUCUUCUUCACCGUGAGUUGCGAAAAGUUCGGUGUGACUGAGGAGGUUGAACUUAUUCCCAACGGCUCGCAGGUGGCGGUGACAAAUGCAAACAAAUCACAGUAUGUUCGCCUACGUUGCGAGUUCUGCAUGACACGACAGAUUGAAGAGCAGUUGCAGGAGUUUCUCAAAGGAUUCUAUGCUGUCAUUCCCCGGAAGGAGAUUCGAAACUUUUCAGCGCAGGAACUGGAGCUUGUGAUUUGCGGCAUGCCAGAUAUCGAUGUUGAGGACCUUCGUCUCAACACCACAUAUGAUGGCUACACCUCCACAUCGCUGCAGAUCCGCUGGUUCUGGGAAGUGGUAGCGGCGAUGAGCAAAGAAGACCGGGCAAAUCUCCUGCAGUUUGCGACGGGCGCCUCGAGGGUGCCACACGGCGGCUUCAGCAAUUUGGAGUCAUCGAAUGGUUCGCCUCAGCGCUUUACCGUCUCCCGGUGGGCGGACAGUGCGGAACUGCUUCCACAGGCCCACACGUGUUUCAACAAAAUUGCGCUACCGGAGUACAGCAGUUGUGAGGAACUACGCAAAAAGUUAAUGGUUGCCAUCACACUUGGGAGUCGGGGCUUCACCAUGACGUAG